AUGAAGGUUCUCGCUCUAUAUGCGUUUCUGUUUCUGACUGUUCACAUGAGGCGUGUGCAGUGUUCCUUCAUCGCUAACAUAGCACAUGACAAUUGCCAGCUUAUGUGCCAAAAUGUAUCCUCCAAAGAGUGUCCCUACUUGUUGAAAGUACCACGGGCGGAAACAAUGGAUGCGUGCCCUCUUCUGUUGGAGUUGUCACAUCGAUCAGACGUCGACCAACUGGAGGUACAAAUCGACAGGUUCGAGAAAAAGAUACAAUCGAACAUACAAGUCGGUUUGGAAAGAGAAGAAUGGGUUGAAACGUUGCUUGAGAAGCAUGAAGAAUUCGAGGCACACAUGCGAGGAGUUCAAGACAGCGCUCAUAAAACGGCCGUAAGACUACAACGACGGAAUGAAGAACUUGAAGAGCAAAAGAUCGACUUUAUGAGCGAGAUUGGACGUUUACGAGAGAAAGUGGAAAAAUUUGGUAGGCAGGGAUGUACUCUUGACGGUGACGAGUAUGAUUACAGUGAACUCUUGCACAAGUCAUUGCUCUUUUACGAAGCACAAAGAUCAGGCGCGCUACCAUCAAAUAAUAGGAUAGCAUGGAGGGGUGAUUCCGCGUUAUACGACAGCGGCGUAAAAGGGGAAGAUUUAUCAGGUGGAUAUUACGACGCGGGCGAUUUCUUAAAACUCGGCCUUCCUGCAGCGUACGCGUCCACCGUGCUGGCUUGGGGUUUUAUUGAAUUCCGUGAUGCCUAUGAAGUAGCCGGGGAAGCCAACUAUAUGCUAGACUGCUUACGCUGGUUUACCGAUUAUUUCAUCAAGUGUCACACUUCGGAUAAUGAGUUGUAUGUACACGUGGGUCUUGUCGACGCCGAUCACAGUUACUGGGGGCGCCCGGAAGACAUGACGAUGGCCCGUCCAGCAUUCAUGGUUAAUGAAACACACCCAGGAUCAGACUGCGUUGGCGAAACGGCGGCUGCAAUGGCUGCGGCUUCCAUUGCCUUCAAAGAGCACGAUAAUGACUACGCAGAAUUACUGUUAGAUGAAGCUCGGUCGUUGUUUCAUUUUGCUGACACCUAUCGUGGUAUUUAUUCGGACAGCGUACCGGAAGCAGGCAAGGUUUACAAAUCUAACGGGUACAAAGAUGAAUUAACUUGGGCGGCAUGUUGGCUCUAUUAUGCGACGGAGAACGACGAGUAUUUAGAAUAUGCCCUCCGAAUGAACAGCGAGCUAUCACGGGGACGACCUUACUCAUUCGCGUGGAACAACGUGUUGGCUGGAGUACGCGUGAGUAGGAGAAAUUCAUAUAUUUAUUGA